AGCCCAACUGCAGAAUAUAAGGUUAUUCCUCCCUGAACUCUUAAAAUAAAGCAUUACUUCUAUUCCUUUUGUAAUAUUAAAAGUAAACAUUCCAGCAGAUGGGAAGCAGGGAAAUACAGCAGGGUCCUUAUCUUCAACAUCAGCCUGGACCCAGGACGCUCACUAAACACACAGACUCUCUGUGACGAAGCCGCGGGGACAGAGGAACAUCAAAGGGAGCUUCAGGCCACGGGCAGCCCUCACCCUCCCAGGCAGAUGCUCGCCGGCCCUCACUGCUGGCUGCUCUCGCGCCUGCGCCCUCAGCCCUAUAAACACAGGCCGAGUCCUCGUCCCCACACUCGCCUCCUGCUCUCCCUGCUCCAGGCGACCCCAGCAUGAGGACCCUCGCCCUCCUCGCUGCCCUCCUCCUGCUGGCCCUCCAGGCCCAGGCCGGGCCCCUGCAAGAGAGAGAUGACGAGGCCCCAGCCCAGGAGCAGCCAGAGACAGAGGACCAGGACAUGGCCAUCUCCUUUGCAGGGGACGAGAGCUCAGGAGCCAGAGCUUCAGGCUCAGCCAGGGCCUUGACCUGCGCCUGCAGAAGGACCCGGUGUCGUUCUUCCGAGCGUGUCUCUGGCACCUGCCUCUACCGUGGUGUCCCCUACCUGUUCUGCUGCCGCUGAGCCCCGGGAACAGAGGACAAUGAGCUCAUCAUGUGCCCUGGGACCUAAAGAACAUUUUGACUCCUCUUGUCCCUUGUCCCCCACUUCCUUUCCUCAUCUCAAAUAAAGUCUUCAUAGCAGGUU